GAAGAUUUCUUCAUCUUAAGCAACGACGUUUAACAUAUUCUACCCGUAAUGUCGUUCACCUACCAGCGGCUUCGUUCGCCAGUAACUUUCUGCUAACGUUGUCAUGGAAGUGUCCUCUCCACCGCACUUGGCCCCACCCCCCGUCCCCUGCAGCAUGGCCGAAGACUCCAUGGAAAUAGACGACUCUCUUUACAGCCGCCAGCGUUAUGUGUUGGGAGACAGCGCCAUGCACCAGAUGGCCCAAUCGGCGGUGUUCCUCAGUGGAUUGGGAGGGCUGGGUAUAGAGAUUGCAAAGAAUAUUGUCCUUGCUGGUGUGAAGGCAGUCACCCUUCAUGACACAAAGGAAUGUCAAACUUGGGAUCUGGGUUCCAACUUCUUCAUUCUCAAAGAAGACGUGUCGAACCAGCGGAAAAGGGCAGAAGCCGUUUGUCCUCGAGUUGCAGAGUUGAACCCUCACGUCCAUGUCGACAUGUCCGUCUCCCCUCUGGACGACAACACGGAUCUCAGCUUUUUCCAAAAGUAUCAGUGUGUCAUCCUGACGGAAGCCAGAUUGAGUCUUCAGAAGAGGGUGAAUGAUUUCUGCCACUCACAGAGUCCUCCCAUCAGAUUCAUUGGCUGUGACACAUAUGGCAUCUGUGUGCGGGUCUUCUGUGACUUCGGAGAAGAGUUUGAAGUGUCCGAUCACACUGGGGAAGAACCCAGGGAGAUUUUCAUCCAAAGCAUCACUAUGGCGAACCCUGGCGUUGUAACCUGCCUGGACAACCAACCUCACGGACUUCAGACAGGCCAGAGUGUUGUCUUCAGAGAGGUCCACGGCAUGGUGGAGCUCAAUGGCACUGCAAGACCCGUUACAGUCCUUUCCCCGCACAGUUUUACCAUCGGAGACACAUCCCAACUACAAGCAUAUGCACAUGGCGGUUUCUUUGUCCUCCUGAAAACCCCAAAGAUUUUCAAAUUUGAAACGAUGGCGAAACAGUUGUGGGAUCCUCAGGUCUUGACUCCAGACUUCAGUAAACCACAGGCCCCACUGCAAAUCCAUGCAGCCAUGUUGGCUCUGGACACCUUCCAGGAGCAGCACAAUAGACUUCCCAACACUGGCUGCUUACAGGAUGCCGACCUUCUCCUGAAGCUAACAGAGGAAAUUAAUGCAACACUCAGGAACAAGGCUCCCAUGGAUGCCGAGUUGGUGCAGUGGUUGUCCAGGACGGCCAGAGGGACCCUUCCUCCAUUGGCGGCAGCUGUUGGAGGGCUCGCCAGCCAGGAGGUUCUUAAGGCUAUUACAGGAAAGUUUGCACCGCUACAGCAAUGGUUUUAUCUGGAUGCCAUCGAGGUAGUGAAACCUCUUCGGACCCUGCCUGCUGAUGAGUUUCUUCCUCGCGGAGACCGCUAUGAUGGACUGCGAGCUUGUAUCGGGGAAUCACUUUGCGAAAAGCUGCAUAAACUCAGGGUUUUUAUGGUUGGCUGCGGUGCCAUAGGCUGUGAAAUGCUGAAAAACUUUGCCCUGCUCGGAGUGGGAUUGACCAAGAGUUUAGGAGAGGUGUGCAUCACAGAUCCAGACCUCAUAGAAAAGUCUAACCUGAAUAGACAAUUCCUCUUCAGACCACAACAUAUACAGAAACCAAAGAGUACAACAGCAACAGAAGCCACCCUGAAAAUCAACCCGGAACUGCAGGUGGACGCUCAUCUCAACAAGGUGUGUCCGGCUACGGAGGGCAUCUACAGUGACUCCUUCUACUCCCGGCUCAACCUGGUAGUCACCGCGCUGGACAAUGUGGAGGCUCGCAGAUACGUGGACAGCCGCUGUGUUUCCAACCAGACAGCUCUCCUGGACUCCGGCACCAUGGGCACCAAAGGACACACAGAAAUAAUUGUGCCAAAUUUGACAGAGUCCUACAACAGCCACCGAGACCCACCAGAAGAGGAGAUCCCAUUCUGCACCCUAAAGUCCUUCCCAUCGGUCAUAGAACACACCAUCCAGUGGGCCAGGGACAAGUUUGAGAACGCCUUUGUCCAGAAGCCCUCCAUGUACAACUCCUUCUGGCAGACACACACAUCGGCUGAAUUGGUGCUACAGAAGAUGCAAGCUGGGGACAGUUUGGAGGGGUCAUUCCAAGUCAUUAAACUGCUGAACAGGCGACCCCACCAUUGGCAACAGUGCAUUGUCAUGGCUCGGCUCAAAUUUGAAAAGUAUUUCAAGAGAAAGGCUUUGCAGCUUCUGCGCUCUUUCCCUCUGGACACCAGGCUAAAAGAUGGAAGUUUGUUUUGGCAGUCCCCCAAAAGACCACCAGCCCCCAUUGAAUUUGACCUAAAAGACCCCAUGCACUUCAGCUUUAUCGUCAGCACCGCCCGACUCUUUGCUGGCAUUUACAACAUUCCUUACUCUGAUAGGGAUCUCUGUGAGGAGGCUGUGGGGAGAAUUAUCUCCGUUGUUAAGAUCCCAGAGUACCUGCCCUUGGUCAAAUCCAUAGAGACUGACGAGGCUGCUAAGAAGCCUGAUCAGUUGAAGAUGCCUCUAAGUAGUGAGGAAGAGAGGGAGGCCAUCAGGCAGCUGCAGCAAGCCAUUACUGGCGACGGCGCCAAGCCAGAGAUGUUACGGAUGACGGCGCUGGAGUUCGAGAAGGACAACGACAGCAACGGCCACGUGGACUUCGUCACGUCGGCGUCCGCCCUCAGGGCCAACAUGUACUCCAUUGAGCCCGCUGACCGCUUCAAGACCAAACGCAUCGCUGGCAAGAUCAUCCCCGCCAUCGCCACGGCAACGGCCGGCGUGGCAGGACUGGUGGCGCUGGAGCUGAUCAAGAUCGCUGGAGGCUACGGCUUUGAAUCUUUGAAGAACUGCUUUUUCAACUUGGCCCUUCCUGUGGUGGUGUUUACUGAGCCUGCUCCCGUCAAGCGGACUCUCAUUAGAGACGACAUUUACUUCUCCAUCUGGGACUGCUGGACCAUCACCGGCCACCAAGACUUCACCCUGUCAGAGUUCAUCAAUGCAGUCAGGGAGAAGUACGGAAUUGAACCCACGAUGGUGGUCCAUGGUGUGAAGAUGAUCUUCGUGCCGGUUAUACCAGGACACACCAAGAGACUUAAACUGACGAUGCAAAAACUUAUCAAGCCGACAGCGGGUCGCCAAUACGUGGACCUCACCGUGUCCUUUGCUCCCGAGAACGACACGGACGAAGAUCUCCCUGGUCCUCCUGUCAGGUACUACUUCUCCCCCCACGGACACACCACCUGACAUCUCCUCCUCAUCAACACCAAUGUAACAUACAUGUACUGGACUGGUGGAAACACUCUGAAGUGGUCCCAGCGCACGCACGCACGCACGCACACACACACACACACACACACACACACACACACACACAGUUUGCUUUGCGGGGCCAGAGCAACAUGGACUUCCUGGGUAGCAUAAAGUGCACGUGUGUGCGCACGUGUUCUGUGCUGAUGAUGAAUUGUACAUGUGCGCCGGUGCUGAUGCCUUAAUCGCGAUCAUUAAAAGCCUUUUCCUUGGUGGCUCUGAGCCUCUCAGAAGUAUGACUUGGACUCCCAGUGACAUGCCGCCGUUGUUUGAUUCAAAACACAAGGCACUUAUCAACCAUGUUUUCAUUUGAGCAUCAGCACUAAACUUUUCUCCUUUUCCUUCGUGCCAAAUGUCUGUGUAUUGUGUACAUGAUGAGCGGUCCUGUGGAAUACUUUCCGUAUCUUGGAGAAAAAAAACAAAAUUUCUACAGAAUCAUGAUCGCAGCAAAAUGAUUUGCAAAUGCGCGUCUCAAUCUGUGUGUGUAAUCCAUUUCAUGUGUUGUUGAACUAAAGUGUGUCGGUAUUAGGAUUUGUCUGAGGAAGAAAAAUUAUCUUGUCCGUCCGUAUUUCUUCGAUUGUUGUUUUGCAGUGAGAGAAUUGUGUGCACGUGUAAAGCAAUCUGUGUCUUAAGUUGUGUGUACGUAAACAAAUGUGUGUGUCUGUAAUCAGAUUUGGGUGAAGCAGGGACCCUGAUUAACGCGACAAAUUGCUCUCUUUCUGCCGUUUAGGUUGUGUAUGUGUAUUCAGGUGUGUGUACGUGUAUUCAGUUUGUGUGAAACAGAAACCCUAAUUGUGUAACACGUGAUUUUUGCUAAGUUUCUGCUUUGAAAGAAUUGUUUGUAUCUAGAUGUGUGUAUGUGUACAGCAAUUUUUGUCUUAAGUUGUGUGCGUGUAUGAAAAUGUGUCCGUAAUCAGAUUUGGGUGAAGCAGGAACCCCGAUUAACUGUUAACACAUGGCAUGUUGCUACCUUUCUGCCGUUAAAGUUGUGUAGGUGUAUUCGUAUUUAUGUGAAACAGAAACCCUGAUUGUCUGUUAACACCAGAUUUUUGCUAAGUUUCUGCCUUGAAAGAAUUGUUUGUAUUUAGGUGUUUGUAUGUGUAAAGCAAUUUGUGUAUCAAGUUGUGUGUGCGUAUGAAAAUGUGUGUCUGUAAUCAGAUUUGGGUGAAGCAGGAACCUGAUUAACUGUUUACACAUGAUAUGUUGCUACCUUUCUGCCGUUAAGUUAUGUACGUGUAGUCAGAUUUAUGUGAAACAGAAACCCUGAUUGUCUGUUAACACCUGAUUUUUGAUAACUGUCUCUUCCUUGAAAGAAUUGUUUGUGUUUAGAUGUGUGAAUGUGUAAAGCAAUUUGUGUCUCAAGUUGUGUGCCCGUAUGAAAAUGUGUGUCUGUAAUCAGAUUUGGGUGAAGCAGGAACCUGAUUAACUGUUUACACAUGACAUGUUGCUACCUUUCUGCCGUUAAGUUGUGUACGUGUAGUCUGAUUUAUGUGAAACAGAAACCCUGAUUGUCUGUUAACACCUGAUUUUUGCUGAGUUUCUGCCUUUAAAGAAUUGUUUGUAUUUAGGUGUUUGUAUGUGUAUAGCAAUUUAUGUCUGUAAUCAGAUUUGGGUGAAGCAGGAAUGGUGAUUAACAGCAGAAAGGUAGCAACAUGUCAUGUGUAAACAGUUAGAGUUGUGUACUUGUAUUCCGAUUUAUGUGAAACAGAAACCCUAAUUGCCUUACACAUGAUUUUUGCUAAGUUUCUGCCUUGAAAGAAUUGUUUAGAUGUGUGUAUGUGUAAAACAAUUUGUGGCUUAAGUUGUGUGCGCGUAGGAAAAUGUGUGUCUGUAAUCACAUUUGGGUGAAGCAGGAACCCUGAUUAACUGUUUACACGUGACAUGUUGCUAUCUUUCUGCCGUUGUGUAUGUGUAGUCAGAUUUAUGUGAAACAGAAACCCUGAUUGUCUGUUAACGCAUUGUUUGUAUUUAGGUGUUUGUAUAUGUAAAGCAAUUUAUGUCUGUAAUCAGAUUUGGGUGAAGCAGGAAUGCUGAUUAACAGCAGAAAGGUAGCAACAUGUCAUGUGUAAACAGUUAGUUCUGUAUGUGUAUUCAGAUUUAUGUGAAACAGAAACCCUAAUUUUUGCAAAGUUUCUGCCUUGAAAGAAUUGUUUGUGUUUAGAUGUGUAUGUGUAAAGCAAUUUGUGUCUGCGCAUGAAAAUGUGUUUCUGUAAUCAGAUUUGGGUGAAGCAAGAACCCAGAUUAACUGUUUACACAUGGCAUGUUGCUACCUUUCUGCCGCUAAGUUGUGUACAUGUAUUCAGAUGUGUGUAUGUGUAAAGCAAUGUUUCUAAGAGUUGUGUGUGAAGCAGGAUCCCUGAUUGACUGUCUUUCUAGCUGUGACUUUUUGCUACGUUUCUGCCAUUAGAGUUGUGUAAAAGAAUCUGUGUGGGUAAAAAAUAAGUCUGUAAUCAGAUUAGUGUGAAGGCAGGAACUCUGAUUGGCUGUCUGUUUGCACGAGCCUUUUGUGACCCAGCUGCCGUGUAAGAGUUGUGUGUCCACGCAGCAACCCCAACUUGGGUCUGUACCGUCACCUCGCCUCUCUUGGUACUCGCCACUAGUCGGCGCUGUUGGUGACGGAGUUUAGAACAUGUCUAAUGGACGUCCAUGUCAGUAAUGUGAUGACAACACUACACACAUCUGCAUACACAACUCUAAUGGCAGAAACGGUAGCGAAAAAACAACAAUCGAGGGAAUACGGACAGAGAUGUUUUUUUGCCCAGAGACAAAUCCCAAUAGGGACAACCUAGAACACACACAUUGAAAUACAGACACACAAAUACAUUUGUGUUGCACAAACAGACUUUCACUUUGUUUUAUUUGCUGCAAAAUGUCUCUUGUAGGAGAAAACAUCGACUAAAUGUCACAUGACUGCUGUCAAACAACAUGAAUAAAUAUUAUCUUUCA